AUGGGAAUUAAAGGGUUUUAUGGAUUUAUCAGGAAACAUUACCCAAACGCAUUUUUUAAGGCUGCAUCAAAUUCUAAUGACAUGAAGGCUGAAACAAAAGUAGAUCAUUUGUAUAUAGAUGCAAAUUUUUUGGUUCACAGUUGUAAAGCAAUGUCCAUGGGAAAAAUUGACAAAGUAUCAUGGUUUUUAAAAAUUUUCAGUGAAAUUGAUGAUUUAAUAAAAUGUUUUCAUCCACAAAAUACAGUGUAUAUUGCAUUAGACGGAGUUCCUCCUGAUUGUAAAAUAAAUUUACAACGAUCAAAUCGAUUUAAAAAAAUGAAAUCUAUAACUAAUAAAAAUCGAUUAAAUUCAAAUAAAGAUAAAAACUCGUCAUCUGUUUUAUCGCCAGGAGCAGAACUAAUGGCAGAAAUUGUUAUACAAAUUGAAAGCUUUAUUUAUCUGAAAAUGAAUGUAGAUUCAUAUUGGAAAAAUUUAAUCGUUAUUUUAUCUAAUGCCAAUACUCCAGGUGAAGGUGAAAAUAAAAUAAUGAAUUUACUGCUAUCUCAAGAAAAUAUAAGAAAAAAUGAUUCCAAUUUUUUAGUGGGUGGAGACGCAGAUUUGAUUGUUUUAAGUUUGAUAAGACAUGCCUUUAAUAAAAUAUACAUUAUCACACCUGGUGAAAAUAAUAAAUCUCGUUACUCAAAAAGAAAUAAUCAUUACAGUUAUUGUAGUUACUGUUCUAAAUUUGGACAUAAGGCACAAUAUUGCUCAACUUUCUCUCAAUAUGAUAGUGAUUCAACGCGUUCGGGAUACAAUACCGACGAAGAGCAAAGUAGUUCUGAAAUUUUGAGUAGUAUUAGUGAAAAUAUGCCAUGUAAUUCAGAUUAUGAAGUCGUCAAUAUCGAAAAAUUAAAAAUAUACAUCAAGGAAGAUUCUAAGGGAAUUGGCUUAAAUAUAGAAAAUCAAAAGCUCUUGGACGAUUUCGUUGUUUUAAGUUUUUUUUUAGGAAACGAUUUUUUACCUAAAUUGUAUAUCAAUGACUCAAAAUCGAAUAUAUGUGAUUUAGCCAAAAUAUAUUCAAAGGUUCAAAAUGAAUCUAAAUCAUAUUUAAUUCAAGAAAGUAAAAUAAACUUAACUUUUCUUUCAAAAAUAUUUAUUGAAUUGGCUAAAGAUGAAUCUUAUUUUUUAUCAAAAUUGCGUAAUAAAGAAAAAAUCUAUCAAGAUUCUUCUGAUUCAGAUGAUACAGAAAAUGAUAAUAAUGAUAAGAUAUGGUACUAUAAAAAAUAUUUUGGCGAAAAAAAAGUAAACUUUGGGUUCGAAGUAGCAAAGGAAUAUAUAAUUGGCAUUCAUUGGAAUUUUUAUUAUUAUUUUCAUAAAUGCAAAUCAUGGACAUGGUUUUACCCAUAUAGGCUACCUCCUUUAGCCAGCGAUUGCGUAAACAUUGAAAAUUUUCAAGAUAUUAAUUUUAAUCUUUUGGAUGAAAAUAAUGAACCACUAAAACCAUUAGAACACUUAGUUGCUGUGUUAAACCCUCAAAUUAACCUGUAUUUACCUAAAUCUCUUCAAUUUCUUAAUUCAGAAAGUCGAUCUAAUAUUAUUGACAUGUAUCCUCAAGAUUUUAAAUUAAUAUAUUUAAGAACAGAACCAUCUCCACCAGUUGCCAUGAUACCGUUUUUAGAAAGAAAUCGAUUAAAAUUUGAAUUUAUAGGUGUCGAGAAUCAAUUACAAAAGGAUGAAAAAAUUAGAAAUGCUGUUGAGGUGGAUCAAUUGUUUUUAAAUUAUAAUAAUCAAUUUUAUCAGCAAUAUCUAAAAGCAUAUUUGGAUAAUAAGGACACCUUUUUAAUUGGCAAAAAUGACCGUAUAAAUGGAACUCUCAAAAAAAUUAUCGAUUCACCUAAAAUAAACGAUAAAAUACUAUUAAACAAUGAAUUUUUUAAUAGGAUAACUUUACAGAAUAAAUUAAUAAAAUUUAAUUAUCUUUCUUCAAUAAAUUAA